GAUGCGGCUCAGUUGAAUUAUAUAAAUUUAUCUUCUUAAUAAUUAUCCACGACAAACCGUUUCGCUCGAGCAGAAAUAGAGUCUUAGAAAGAGAACCAUCGCCUACUCAUCCCUCUAAACGUACAUUUCCGUGGUUCCCGUACAUACGCAUCGCAUAAAUGAUGGCGUACAAGGAGAAGAAAUAAGCAAUAUAGCCUUCCUAUCCUAGACGUGCUACAGGAGCUUAUAUUCUCGAAAAUCAACUUCCGUCAGGAAAAAUAACCAUGUCUCAGCACCAGGACCAACCUGCGCAGCCUAAGUCUGUCCUUCGAGGUCAUCGAGCUCAGGUGCACGUCACUACGUUUAUUAGAGGCAACCAGAGACUAGCAUCUGGAGAUGCUGAUGGCUUUGUAAUACUCUGGGACUUGACUAUCAUGCGUCCUAGAGCUGUCUGGCGAGCUCACACGAACUCCAUACUCGGAAUCUCCGACUGGGACGGCGACAAGAUAAUUACACAUGGUAGGGACAAUCGACUAGUUGUGUGGAAACUAGGUAGUCAGGAUGAAAUUGCGAUGAGCACUGCUCUUCCACUUGACGAAUCCGUACCCGAACGACCUCAGCCGUGGAUCCUAUACAUACUCGAAGUAAACACGUUAAACUUUUGCUCCUUUUCAUGUUGCCCCCCCGUAUCAGAUAUCGCUCGGGAUGAAAUACUCGUAGCGGUUCCUAACACGCUGGAAUCCGAAGCUGUUGAUAUCUUCCAGCUUCCGAGUCAAAGACGACAAGGUACUGCUAAUCUGGGAAAUAAAACAGAGGACAAGGGUAUGGCUAUGUCGUUACGUCUGUUCCGGCUCAACGAAUGCCUCACCCUCGUUGCUGCGUAUGAAUCUGGCCUCGCAGUGCUAGCGCAACUCGGAAGAGGCGAAACGUGGGACAUUUUAUAUAGAGCACAAGUGCAUAGUCAACCAGUGCUAUCACUAGAUGUGGAUCCUCGCAAGAGAUUUUUCUUAACCUCCGGUGCUGAUUCUGUCAUUGCAAAGCACCCGAUUCCUACCGCAGCUAUUCCAACCAAGGAGUCACAGGGCAUAGGACAAACAAACGGCGAAACCGCUGCCCUCCCACUAGAGCCCAAGUCUGCCAUACCCCCUAGGCAGGCUAGACAACGCAUCGAAACACAGCCGCUAAAGACUAUAAAUACCAAGCACUCGGGACAACAGAGCCUCCGUAUCCGAUCCGAUGGUAAAAUUUUCGCGACGGCAGGAUGGGACUCCAAAAUCCGCGUCUAUUCUACGAAGACUAUGUCGGAGCUGGCCGUUCUAAAAUGGCAUGAAGUUGGCUGUUACGCAGUUGCCUUUGCCAUAUUGGCUGAUACACAACCACUGGACUCCUUGAAGUCAAAUCUUCAGAAUGAAGAAACAGAAGAGAACUCCGAAAAUGGAGUUGCUAAUUCCCAUAUCCUAGACAAUCGAGCUUCAACUAGAAUGUCCACCUCACCCAAGCCAGGGCAGCUCAGUGUUAAGGAUCGACGAAUGAAGAUGGCGAAAGGUGCUCAUUGGUUAGCGGCUGGUAGUAAGGACGGGAAGAUCAGCCUAUGGGAUAUUUAUUGAAUACCACUUAGGUGGUCUCCAAAAGGUGCCGUGUCCUUUUCGUAUUAUCUACACAUGUGCGAUGUGCCUACUACGUCGUACAUACUACAUAUUUUAUGUCCACGAAAACUAGGCUAGGAGGUGCAUAGUCACU